UUAAUGCGAACAUGUUAAACUGGUUGACAGAUUGUAGGAUUGAUAUAGGUUAAAGAGUGCUAUCAUGAUAAUUAUUCUUAAUUAACUCUUUCUUAAUUCUUAUUAAUUUACGAUUGGUUUGUGUCGUCGCCUGCUGGCCCGUUCAAUAUUAGGGUGUACUGUGCCUUUAAGACGCCGCUGCUCAGGGUGGACCAGUCGUCGGUGUUUGACGCUCAGGAAGUGGACUAAACCACCACAGAUUCCCGCAGAUUCGAUAUCGACUAUCCCGAAUUGUGACAAACGUGUCCAAUCUGCCGCAAAACAUUGUUCACAACGUUUUUGUGUGAUACUUGGGACGAUAAUGCUGGAUGGUGACGCUCAUGAAGUUCACCAGGGACAUAUGCAGGCUCUUGGGACUCGGGAGCGGCCCCCCUGUCCAGCAGCAGGAAGAGCAGAUGGACUUUGGUGCCGCAACCCCUGAACCAAAAGAUGAUGCCAUUUUGUCACAGGAUGCAUUAAAUGGAGAGGAGGAUUUGAGUGAGGAGGAGAAGGUCAAAGGGAAGGCGGAGCGACGAAAAGCCAAGAGGAAGCGCCAUCGAAAACGUAAGAAACAAGAGCAGUUGAAGCAAAGUGAGAACGCCGAACAGGAUGAUGAGGACGAAGACGGAGGUGCUGAGUCCGAGCUGGAUGAAAGCGAGUCAGAAGCAGAGGUUGGUGCAGAAGAGGAGAAACCAAGAGCACAAAAAGAGGAGAGAAGUGAUGCGAAAGCGUCUGCUUCUGUUACGGCUCCACCUGGAAUUAGAGGACAUCAGAAAAACAAUUCUAAAGCCGCAGAGGAGGAGCCUGAAUGGGAUGUGAGCAGCGCCUUCUUUGCUAAUGCUGCUAGCCAUAUCAAACCCAAAGGAUCAGGUCGCAAGUCCAAAGAAAACAAGGAGAACGAGGCCAAGAGAGAGACAAACGGAACUGACACCAUUACCAAGAAAAGCACAUCACUGACAGAAAAAGGCAUAAAACUGGUGCAGGAGGGGCAGUACACACAAGCAGCCACUAUGUUUACAGAAGCCAUCAAAUGUGAUCCAAAGGAUUACAGGUUCUUUGGUAAUCGGUCCUAUUGCUAUUACUGCUUGGAGCAAUACCCUCAAGCCCUGGCAGACGCGGAGCGUGCCAUUCAGCUGGCCCAAGACUGGCCGAAAGGACACUUCCGCAAGGGCAGCGCUCUCAUGGGCAUGAAGCGGUACAGUGAGGCAGAGAAGGCUAUGGAGCAAGUGCUAAAACUGGACAAAAACUGUGAGGAGGCCGUCACUGACCUCUUUAACUGCAAAGUGCUGCAGUUAAUGGAGCUUGGUUUUGAAGAAAUUCAAAGUGUCCAACUGUUGGAUAAAUAUUCCACUGUACAGGCAGUUCAGGCAGCUUGUGUGGACGCUGCCAGGGCUGGGAGCCAAGAUCCAUCAGUUGUGCAACCAGGAAGCCCGUGUCCAUCGCUGUGGGUCGGAAAUGUGACGACAGAGCUAACUGAAAAGCAUCUUUGGGACCUUUUUAAAAUGUAUGGUGAUAUAGAGAGUAUCCGUGUGCUGCAUGAGCGAUUCUGUGCCUUUGUCAACUUCAAGAAUGCAAACAUGGCAUCUCGAGCUAUGGAGAAACUAAAUGGUUAUUGUAUUGAGAACACGCGCUUAGUGGUGCGCUAUCCUGACCGUCGCACACAGAGGGUACUUCCAGUUCCACUCAAGACCUGUAUCCCUGUCACACAGCAGGCGGGGGCGGCCGCUGGACCUCGACGACGCGGGCCCGUAAACGGAGACGAGUGUUACUUUUGGAGAACCACUGGCUGCCAUUUUGGGGAGAAAUGCCGCUACAAACACAUUCCUGAACAGAAAGGCAAAGACCGGAAACCCUGGCAGCCUUGAACUAGGUUUACUCUCUCCGUCUCAGUAGUGUACAGGAAAGUGGGAUGUGCCGACUGAGCUAAAGGAGCUGGUACUUACUGGACCAGGUUCUCUGGCCUUCAAAUAUUAACUGUGGCAGAAUGGACCACAUUAGUCAAAGGAUCAGAGCCAGGCUUGCUAGUCACACAUGUACCACAAAGAACUGGGAGUAUGAAGGUUUUUUUUUUUGUUCUUUUUAUCAGAGAAUAGUACAACAAGAACCAGAACGGAGCAACAAAAAGUCUUUUUUUCUGAUGAAAACCUUCAUAUUUGUAGCUCUUCGUGGUACACAGUGACCUUUUUCUGCUUUAAGUGUUUCAAACAUCACAGGCUGACAACAGGGGGAGGAAGUGAAAGUGCCUUGGUUCAUUCUUGGGAAAAGAGCGAUUAAUCUGUUAUGUAAAGCAAAGGAGUCUUCAUGCCAAGGUUCAUCAGUCGUGGGCCUUCCUUAUUUCCAAAUUCCAUGACAAAGCAGUGUUCCUCCCUUUCCUAUAGUACAAUAACUUCACUACUCUGAAGUUGCAGCUGAACCUUCUUUAGUUACUUAUCGUCUCUGUGUCAGUACCAGCACACUGUCCACCAGAGCAAAGACGUACUACAAGAUAUCUACUUAUAAUUAUAGUUCCUCCCAUUCGCUGUUCUUUUUUUUUUUUUAUUUCAACUAGUAAGCUACAGGGAUCAGGAGAGGUGCCUUCGUCAUGUGCCUAUGUAGCCUUAAGAUGAUCAAUAGUGGGUAAUUGUACACAGACUGAACAUGAGGGAUUGCAGGAUUGUAUGUUUUAAUGCAUGGACUAGUUGUACGUAUGUCACUUUACUUGGUUACUGGCUACCCUGUUGUUAUAUGCACACUGCAUGUCUGUUAUGACGAGUUAGGGGGGGUGAAAACAAUCUUGCAAGUUGAGGAAAAAGAAAUGGAAACGCCUAUUUUCUUUUUUUUCAUUGAUGCAAAAUAGAAAGACGGCAGAAUAAAUGCUGCCUUCAGAAAGCCUGUAGAGUUACCUUUUUGGUGAGACUCUGUCAAAAAGGCGUUUGUUUGUUUUCUGUGUCAAUCACGAGGCAGUCGAGCCAGGAUUUUUGGUUUUCUUUUACACGAUUGCGUGACAUGUCAGAUGUGAAGUUCUCCACUGUCGCAGUGAGUCUAAGAAAUGCACAAAGUAGCCUUCGAUCUUUUUACCUACGCCGUCUCGGCGCCCGGUGCACUGUGUUAACAUGACGGUGCUUUGUUUCUAUGCAAAAAGAGAAGUGUUGGCCUGAUCAUGUCAUGUCUGUGUCAGACGUUCGCGCGCCCGCCCCCGCCCACCCACCACCACCUCUUUAUAGCUGUUCUGUUCUUUUUGUAGGUUGUCGAUGCAUACGACAUUGUCAGUGACAAACUGCAAGACAACAGGACAGCGCUGAUCUAUCAACGGAACGUUUUAAACCUUUUGAAAAGCAGUAUUUAUUUAUUUUUAAACGUAAGGCCUCCAUUUCAGUAUUUCAUUGAACCAAAGAAUGCCUCGACCGAUGGCUCUGCACUGAAGACGGCUUCAUUCUUUAAAGAGUAUCAACACUAGUCCAUGAAAACCUAUUAGAUCGACACCUGGGUUAAAUUCACAAUACAUUCACUUGUAAACUAUGCACAUUAUGCAUAGUGAGAGUUAUUUAUUUUAUUUAUAACUGACCUCUUUUAUUUUACAACAUACCUUGGGAGCCAAAUUCAGCUUUUAAAUUGGGCUUUUUUUGUCUUUUUACGUAAUGAUGGGUGAAAGGGCAAUUAUUAUUAUUAUUAUUAUUAUUAUUAUUAAUAAUAAUAAAAGACCAAUAGGUGCAACUAAUCAUGUGCUGCACUUCUGCAUUUCUGUUGCAUUACAUUCUGUUUUGUGGCUAAAACCUUUUGAACAAGGAAUUGGACGCCAAACUUGAAGUCUGUACUACGUAAUUUAAAUGGUUUCCUAUUUGACUGGUGAUGGUUGUACAGCAUAUUUGUGCUUGCUUGGGUUUAAUGUCUUUGUGUGUGUGUUUUUUAUUCACUUUCAAACUAUUACAGAAAAUGUAUUAUUAAACAUAUGAUUUACAUAUUGAUUAACCAGAACACUGCAAUCCUGUUAAUCCCCUAAAUAUUUUGUAUUGUCGCACUGUAAACAGAGUUUUUAUAUUUAAUAAAUGAACCAUCUGCACCACCUA